AUGCUUAACAAUUUAAAUAACGGCCGCAAAAUACCGCACGUUCCGUCGGCGCUCGUUGCGCGUUUUACGCUUUUUUUCGGCGGCAGUUUUUUUGCCGCGGCGGUUAAAACCCGCCGGGGGGUUACCGGCAAAACGUUUGUUAAGGGCUUAAAAAGCUGCAAGCGCAAAAGGGCCCGAUGGACCCGCGGUAUUUAA